ACGCACUCCUGAGGCAGGGGCGGGGCGUCCCGGGCGAGUCGUAUUUACCUCAGGAGCCGGCGGCAUUCUUAAGCUGAGGGGCGCCUUCAACUCCGGAAGGGCACCUGGGGAGUUUGUCCCUUGCUACUCCUGCAGCUGCCGUCAUGUACCGGGCCCUGUACGGCUUCCGCUCGGCCGAGCCCAGCUCCCUGGCCUUCGCCGCCGGCGAGACCUUCCUGCUGCUGGAGCGGAGCAACCAGCACUGGUGGCUGGUGACGCGGGCGGGCUCCGGGGAGACGGGCUACGCGCCGGCCUCGUACCUCCAGCGCCUACAGGUGCUGGAACAAGAUGUGGUUCUUCAAUCCAUUGACAGAGCUAUUGAGGCCAUUCAUAAUGUGGCAAUGAAGAAUGGGGGGAAAUACAAUUUAGAACAAAGAGAUGUCCUUCAGAAGUUGAUCCAUCAUAGGAAGGAAACCGUUUCUCGCAAAGGUCACUCACCAUCCACUCAGGGAAUGACUCCUUCCACCAGUGAUCACCAUCUGGACCUAGCCAGGCAGCCCAAUGGUGUCUGCAGGACUGGAUAUGAACGGCAUCACAGCUUGCCUAACACAGAUAACCAAGAGGAUGAAGAUGGCUUUUACCAGAUCCCACCACAAACACGCCGUGCUGCUCCUGUUACUCCACCGCCACCAGAGAAACACAAGAACCUACAGACAGCUACCUCCAUUAAAAAUGAAGUUGAAAUCACCUCUGGGUCAGUGUCUAGUGCCUCUUCAGUAAGCACAACCUCGCUGGAUACCUUGUACACUGGCUCUACAGAAUCAGGCCUCCCGACAGCUACCCCCAGCCCCAGCAACACCCCUCCACCGGUCCCCAGCAGAAGUGCCCACACAGUGGGAUCACAUAGCUUAGAGGUUAGUCCGGUAGUGCAAAGGAAGCAUAGGAGUGCAAGCAAAUCCCCUCAGAUCAAGAGAGCUGCUCCACGGCCUCCUCUGCAAAUUGACGUCUCACAUGCAAAUAAUAAGAUCAUGCAAGCCAAAGAGACUGUGCCAGUUGCUGCUGCUGAAGGCUUGGGAAUCUUUGAAUCUCUUUGCCUAGAAGAGAAGAAAUCAGAUUGUUUGGAGGACGUGGAACAGGAAUCAUCUGGCAUCAUAGUAUCUGUGCCAAAGACAAUAGGUGCUGAAUUGAUUGAACUAGUACGCAGAAACACAAAUCUGAGCUAUGAGCUUUCUCGAGUUGCCAUAGGUGUGGUGAUUGGCCAUAUUCAAACUUCUGUUCCAGCCACCACCAGCAUCAUGGAGCAGAUUCUCAUCUCACUAGUGGAAAGCAAGGAUCUCUGCUCAGGGCUACCAUCUGGACAGAUCUGUCAUGAUGAACAGAGACUAAAGGUGAUAUUUGCUGAUCUAGCCCAACAUAAAGAUGAUGCCCAGCAACGCAGUUGGGCUCUUUAUGAAGAUGAAAAUGUCAUCUGCUGUUAUUUGGAUGAACUGCUUCGUAUUCUGACAGAUGCAGAUCCUGAAGUUUGCAAGAAAAUGUGCAAGAAGAAUGAAUUUGAAUCGGUUUUGUCCCUUGUUGCAUAUUAUCAGAUGGAACACAGAGUCGCACUGCGGUUGCUACUUCUGAAAUGUUUUGGAGCAAUGUGCAACUUGGAUGCUGCGAUUAUCUCUGCUUUGGUGAACUCUGUCCUGCCAAUGGAGCUAGCCAGAGACAUGCAGACACAUACACAAGAUCAUCAGAAGAUGUGUUACUCUGCUUUGGUUCUAGCUAUGAUAUUUUGUAUGGGAGAACCACUGCCAUAUCAUCACUAUGAACAUCUAAACUCUCAGUUUGUCCAGUUCCUGUUGGAUGUAAUUGAAGAUGGGCUGCCGUCCGAUAGCACGGAGCAACUGCCUGACCUGUUCAUAAAUGUUCUUCUGGCAUUUAAUCUUCACAUUCCAGUUCCUGAGCAUAAUGUGAUCAUGGUUACUCUGAGCAAGCACCCCAAUGUCAAGAUCUUCACAGAAAAACUGCUGCUGCUUCUGAACCGUGGAGAUGACCCAGUGUGCAUCUUCAAACACCAGCCUCAGCCACCACAUUCGGUGUUGAAAUUCCUACAAGACAUCUUUGCCAGCAAGGACACAGCUAACAUCUUCUACCACACAGACAUGAUGGUAAUGAUCGACAUAAUUGUGAGACAGAUUGCGGAUCUCUCCCCUGGAGAAAAGCUACGAAUGGAAUACUUGUCUCUGAUGCAUGCUAUCAUCCGGUCUACACCAUACCUGCAACAUAAGCACCGCUUCACAGACUUGCAAGGGACCUUGCAACGCAUUAUGGUGGAAGAGGAAGAGAAUCAGCAGUGUCAGAUGGACAAAAUGAUAAUCCAAGAGAUCUAUAAAGAGUUUCCGGAGAUAUCUCCCAAAGCCAGCUAACUGGUCCAGAGAGAGAACAAUUGGUAAUCCAAAUGUCUCUUGUGGAUGUGUCCUCUCCAUCUCCUUCCAGUAUUGCUCAUACCUUGUUAUCCCUUCAGGUGAGCCUUAACGUUUAGUGGAGUCUCUAAGGCCCUAUGAAAGAAGCUUCAGCAGUUCGCAGACUAGUGUGAAGUGUGUUAAAGCCAGCCUCUGUUUGUCUCUUUGGGGGUCAGGUGAGGGAACUGUUAACAAACAGAAGAGUGGAUUGGCACUCAUGCCCAGAAGACAGGAUUUAGCAAGAGUAGGAGGCUGUUGAUUGCCUCCUUGGAUACCUUUGCACUGAAAUAAGACAGGGAGGUCAUCUGAUUGUCUUUGUGUUCAACUAGGAUCCCAAAGCUGUUGCCAUAAACAUCCAUUUCUUCUCUUGCCUCUGCCAAGUUGAGUAAGCCAGUGUUUGGAGCAAGCUACUGUAACUUCUUGUGUGGUGCAUCUAGUGCAAAAAUCCUUAAGAGCUUCGUAACUGGAGAGCUGCUUGCCUCUCUUAAUUGUGUGCCCAACGAACCCUGUCAGUCCGUUCUAACCCAGCACUUGCUAUGUGGUUAAGAGCAGCCAAACCCACUGCUUUCCCACGUAAUCUUAGCAGACAAUUUGCUUUUCCCAACUGCUUGAUGUUGUGGUGUUUACACUUGAAUUUCUCGCACACUGCAUCAGCAAAGAAAUAGCAAUUGUCUGGGCCAUAGGGCUUCCUUCAGAAGACCUGCUACUUAGGCUCGCUGCUAAGGUGUGUCCUUGUUAAAAAGCUGUUGCUUGUUUCUUGCUAUGUGCUGGCCCUCUUGCCUUUGGCACUGCACACACAAGGAUUGUGUAUCUCUAGAUGGCAGUGCACAGUGCUUCUUUUCAGCCUGGGGAGUGUUUUUUGCCUUGAGCUUAGUAGCAAUUGGUUCUGCCUAGCUUUACCUUUUCAUGUCCUCAAGGCUGCCUCAGCCUGAUGUCUGAUAGCUCUGCUUCUUAAUAUGCACAAGUUGGGAGAGCUCCUUUUUCUUUAUCUUAAUUCCACCAGGUCUUCAGCAAAAUGGAUUUGCUCGCUUUCCUAUUUAGAUCUUUCUGACAGGCACACAUACCAGAGCAGGCCUGUAAUAUCUUAAUAAACAUGCACGCUACCGGAGCUCUUUGCAGCAGGUAAACAAGAGCUUUGCAAUAUUUAAUGUAGGAGUAGUUUGAAUUUAAACUGGAAAUAUUUGGAUAACCUCUCAACCUAAUAGGAGCCAAAUAAAUGUGAAGUAAUUCUUUGGGUCGAGGAAUCUGUGUGGUGUCUAGGGAAUCUCUGGCAUUAGCUGUCAGUUCUGAGCAGAUGAGCAAAGCAUUAGUUGGGUGCCACUGCCCAGGACUGUGUCCAGCCAUUUUUAAACAAAAUGUUUAAAAUAAAAUUGUUGUAAACAAUGAAAGGAAAUUGUUUUGUUUAGUUUUUCAUAGAACUAAAUAAACAUUGUCAAUGGAUCAAAA